AGAGAUGGCAGGUCCCCACCCCCUUCAUGUGCUUAUUUGUAAAUAUACUGUCAUUUUAUUGGAGCUGCCAUUUCAAGUGUGUGCAUGUGUAGGACUUUGUCAUCUGCAACCAUGUCCGACCCAACCAAGAAGCCUGAGCCCAAAAUGGCAGCAGACCCUAAGAAGCGUCCUCUGGCCCACGGUCUGGAGAGUGUUGCCACAUUACUGACUUCAGUGGAGGAGACUCCAGAGCCCAUUCCAACAGUGAUAAAAGGAAAUAUCCCUUCCUGGAUCAAUGGCAGCUUCCUGCGCAACGGACCUGGCAAGUUUGAAUUUGGUGAAAGCAGGUUCAAUCAUUGGUUCGAUGGCAUGGCUCUGAUGCACCGCUUCCACAUCUGUGAUGGUCAGGUGACCUACAGCAGCCGUUUCCUGCGCAGCGACUCCUAUGUGCAGAAUCUGGAAAAGAACCGUAUUGUGGUGUCGGAAUUUGGCACAUUGGCCAUGCCUGACCCCUGCAAGAACAUCUUCGCUCAGUUCUUCUCCCGCUUCCAGAUCCCAAAAGCCACUGAUAAUGCUGGUGUGAACUUUGUCAAGUACAAGGGAGAUUUCUAUGUAAGCACAGAGACCAACUACAUGCGCAAAAUCGACCCACAGAGUCUGGAAACCAAGGAAAAGGUGGACUGGACUAAAUAUAUUGCCGUCAAUGCAGCCACAGCCCAUCCACACUACGACCGUGAAGGUGCAACGUACAAUCUGGGAAACUCAUAUGGAAGACAAGGCUACUUCUAUAAUAUUAUUCAUGUUCCUCGUGGUGAAGGGGGGACAGAUGGCGCUGAUCUCAAUGGUGCCAAGAUCCUUUGCUCCAUUCCAGCUGCCAGUUCAAGGAAGCCAUCCUACUACCACAGCUUUGCAUUGUCAGAGAAUUAUGUGAUCUUCAUUGAGCAGCCAAUCAAGCUGGACUUGCUGAAGUUCAUGCUGUACAGAGUUCUGGGCAAGGGCUUCCAUGAGGUCAUGUCCUGGGAGCCCCAGCUGGAGACUGUCUUUCAUGUGGUUGACCGACGAACAGGCCAGCUCAGCAAGACGAGGUACUACACCAAUGCCAUGUUUACCCUUCACCAGAUCAAUGCCUAUGAGGACAACGGUUAUCUUAUCAUGGACAUGUGUUGUGGAGAGGAUGGCAGUGUGAUCGGAAACUUCACACUGGAGAACCUGAAGGCAGCAGGAGAAGAGAUGGACAAGUUUUACAGUUCUUUGUGCACAAUCUUGCCUUGGCGAUACGUGCUGCCUCUGGAGGUAAAGGAAGAAGAACCAAAUGACCAAAACCUCAUCAACCUACCGAACACCACCGCCACAGCCAUGAAAACAACAACUGGGGUUUUCUGCACACAUGAGAAUCUCUACAAUCACGAUCUCUUGGAAUAUGGCGGCCUGGAGUUUCCGCAAAUCAACUACACUCACUACAACGCUCGCCCUUAUCGCUACUUCUAUGCCUGCGGCUUUGGACAUGUGUUUGGCGAUUCUUUGCUUAAGAUGGACCUUGAAGGAAAAAAGCUGAAGGUGUGGCGCCAUCCUGGUCUGUUCCCAUCAGAGCCUGUGUUUGUUCCAGCACCAGAUGCCAAAGAUGAAGACGAUGGUGUGGUCAUGUCAGUCGUCGUCACACCAAGAGAGAGAAAGAGCUCCUUCCUCCUGGUUCUCGACGCUAAGACGUUCACAGAACUGGGCCGCGCUGAGGUGCCAGUGGACAUCCCUUUUGGCACUCAUGGACUGUUCAAUGAGAUGGGCUGAAGUCAGAGAUGUAUGCGGCCACAGAGAUGUAUAUGAGACAACGUUAGAAAUGUAACACAAUACAUUAUAUGUAUUACAAUUUGUACUAUCUAGAACCUAGUAGAGAUUCAAUGAGCAAAGAGAAAUCUGUUUAAUAAACUUAUUAAUCUGUGUCAUUGAAAAA